AGUUUGUCAUGUGUUUUGCAUCACGCACCAAACCGCUAAAUGCAUAAUGAUGACUGUCUCGUUUAUUGUCGCUUUAUUAAUUUCAGCAGUCACCACAUCAGUCUGACUCACGCUUCGCAUCAGACGGCUGACUCGUGACCUCGGAUAAUUAGUCAGUUUUGAGACACAGAAAACAGCGAGCUCGCGGUGGACUCGUGCACGCCGAUCCGUGUCGCGCGCUCGGUCUCUGAGCGCGUGGAAGCAGCAGCUGCGCCGUCAGAUGCAGCAGCGCCGAAGAGCGACUACGGGCGGCGUUUCGCCAUUCAGCUGGCUUCGCGUUCGUUCCGCGGGAUUAUCACGCCGAAUCACACCGAGGCUUGAUUCAGAGCGGUCCCUCUGAAUGCUGGGAUGAGUUCCUGAGAGCUUCGUUCUCCCCGGGCCGGCUGUCUUGGAAGAGCAAGGGCUCUGGUGACAGCAGUGGCAAGCAGAGAAGCAAACACUGACGACGGGCCAUGGCUAGCGCAGCAGACGGCAUCGGCAGUUUGGGAACCGAGCAGAGCCACAUCAACGUUCCCGUGGCCGAUCCCGGCGCCUGGGCCACCGCCAUGAACAACCUGGGCAUUGUGCCUAUGGGUUUAAGCGGGCAGCAGCUGGUAUCAGACUCCAUCUGUAUACAGGGUUUUGACCCCAACCUUGGCAUCAUCACCCCAAUCAACCCUAUGAUGGCUGGCAUCAGUCUGGUCCCGCCCCAUCCUGUGGCAGCAGAACUCCCUGUUAUUAAGGAGAUCAUCCACUGCAAGAGCUGCACGCUUUUCCCGCAGAAUCCCAAUCUUCCUCCUCCCUCCACGAGAGAGAGACCUCCAGGGUGCAAGACGGUUUUUGUUGGUGGCCUUCCGGAGAACGCAACAGAAGAGAUCAUCAAAGAAGUGUUUGACCAGUGUGGAGAGAUCAUCGCCAUCCGCAAGAGCAAGAAAAACUUCUGCCACAUUCGUUACAUUGAGGAGUUCAUGGUGGACAAGGCCCUCUACCUCUCUGGCUAUCGGAUGCGCAUUGGCUCCAGCACUGAUAAAAAGGAUUCGGGCCGCAUACAUGUAGAUUUUGCUCAGGCGAGAGAUGACUUGUACGAGUGGGAGUGCAAACAAAGAUUGCUGGCACGAGAGGAGCGGCACCGACGGAAAAUCCAGGAGGAGCGGCUGAGACCUCCAUCACCUCCUCCCAUAAUGCACUACUCUGAGCACGAGGCAGCUCUUUUGGCUGAGAAACUGAAAGAUGAUAACAAGUUCAGCGAGGCAACGGCGGUGCUGUUCACGUGGAUCGACAGAGGCGAGGUGAACCGACGCUCGGCGAAUCAUUUCUACUCUAUGAUCCAGUCAGCAAACAGCCACGUGCGGCGCCUAAUGAACGAGAAAGCUCAGCACGAGGAGGAGAUGGAGCUGGCCAAAGAACACUUUAAGAUCCUGCUUGCCAUUCUCACACAAUUUGAGCAGAUUACGGCUGUGUUCACCGCUGCCACCAGGCAAAAGGCAUGGGACCAUUUCUCAAAAGCGCAGCGCAAGAACAUAGACAUUUGGCGAAAGCAGUGCGAGGAGCUGAGAAAUGCUCACAGUGAAGAGAUCAUGGGAAUACGAAGGGAAGAGGAAAUGGAGAUGUCAGAUGAAGACUUGGAGGAAAACCCCUGCAAAAAGAUGAGAAUGGAGGACACGGUGCUGUCUGCGCAGACGUGUGCUCUGAGGGAGGAAAACGACAGUCUGCGCUGGCAGCUGGACGCUUACAGGAACGAGGUGGAGCUGCUGAAGAAAGAGCAGGGCAAGAUGUACCGUACCGAGGAGGAUCACACGCAAGAACAACAGCUGCACUUCCUGCAGCAGACCAUGCAGAACAUGCAGCAGCAACUGCUUCGGCUCCAGGAAGAGCUGAAAGGGAAGGAGCUGGAGCUGGAGCAGGCCAGAGAUGAGCAGCACUACCUAGAGGGAGAGGUCCUCAGCCUCAGGGAAAAGCUGUUGAACGCCAUGGAAUCGGUAGACUUGACAAACCACAACUCUGAAGGCCAUGAAAAGGGAGUCAAUGGCACCGCGACGCUCUACCACCAUCGAGAGAAGAAUAACGACAUGGUCAUUUGGGGUCCUUUGAGAUCAGAGAAAGAGGCUCUCUUGCUCGGAAUCAUAUCAACCUUUCUUCACGUCCACCCAUUUGGAGCCAACAUUGAAUAUCUGUGGUCUUACAUCCAGAGACUCGAUACAAAGGUACAAACAAGUGAACUCGAAAGAUUAAUGGUCCGGCUGCCCAACAUGUUCAAGCAGGAGUUCAGUGGCGUUGGAGCGACUCUGGAGAAGCGCUGGAAGUUCUGCGGAUUUGAGGCUCUUAAAUCGUUGUGACUUGCAGAGCCACAUGCACUGACACUGAGGCUUCUGGACCCCCGGAAGACUGAUCCAGAGUCAGCGACAAGAGCCAGAGCCUCACAGACACAAACAACAGGCUCUACGCCCCGUACCGCCUCAGAUCCGAUGGCUGCCGCUCUCCAGAGGAAGUGAGACUCUACACGCGGCGCCGCAUCAGAUGUAUUUACUUGAAAAAGCUCUUUCCAGACUUCUGUACCGAUUGCGUAACUUAUCUGUCAGUGGCAUCGUCCCUGAAGGCUGGGAGAUAUCCAGGAAUAUCGUGCCUCUCGGUUAAAAAUACGGAAUGCUGAAUAUGGGACACAGAUGUGUGAUAGCGGCCCUCGGCGCCCAUCAAAGCCAGAGUGUGUGUGAAGACGACUUCUGCUCUGAAAAAUGAUUUCAUUCAUGGCCAAAGUGCUGGAGCUGAUAGACAACAGUUGCACAGCUGAAGCUCUUUGGACAGUUUGCUGUGUUUCAGACCGUCCUUGUUGUGUAGACGAUGUAUGUAACAUGCUCUUUGUGUCUUGAUGCACUGUUGUUAAAGGUCUGCUUAUGUAAAUUAUGAUUCUUUU